AUGGUGACCCUCUACUACACCACCACCCCAUCCACGUCCUCCGCUUCCGCCUCAACCUCCACGUCCUCCUCUGCGCAAUCCACCUCUAAGGGCUCUCCACCCUCCCCGCCAUCACAUGAUACCAGCCGACCAGGCCAUCGCCACGAAUCCGAGUACGCCUCCGACGUCCCCAAGCCCGUGGAAGACCGCCACGGCGACAGCGUCACCAAACACAGCAUCGCCGCGCACAAGAACCAGAACAAGGUUCGCGAGGGCAAGUUCUCGGGCAAGGAGUUUGACAAUCAUGAGCAGGUGCAUUCGCCGGGGAAGCCUGGAGGUGACUUCGAGGUCAAGCGGUAG